CGCAGGGACAAUAUAACGGGCGCUUUAAUUCUGGAUAUUCGAGUGUUAUCUCUCCGAAGCGAUGAAAGAGAAGACUGCCUGCUUGGGGUCGCGUAGAUCGAUGGGGAUCGAUGGACGGAGGCAGCCAUAUUUCUAGUGCAAGUUCUCCCCCUCUCCUCUGUCUCUCCGGCUGUGUGAGUGAAUGUCCAACAUGGAGCAAGUUUUCUGCUCCUUCUCCUUCCUCCUAGUCUUCUUUUCUCUUCUCUCCUCAUGCACAGGGAUUCGGUGCUACGAAUGCAACUCGAAGCGGGAUCCCGGUUGUGCGGAUCCGUUCACGGCCACAUACAUCGAAGCCGUGGACUGUGAUCAGAAAUUAAUGCCGCAUCUGGGAAACGUCUCCUCCUCGCUCUGCCGGAAAAUCGUCCAGAGGGUUGGAGACGAUUUUCGCUACGUGCGAUCUUGCGGAUGGCUGGGAAAAGCCACGUUGGAGGAUGGCAGACAUUGUUACACUCGAGCCGGCACGUUCAAGGUUCAGAUCAUGUAUUGUUCCUGCGAUGGAGAGGAAUGCAAUCACGCAUCCACCUCAACUGACACCUACGCCACGCUCUUGAAAGCUUUCGCUUUCCUCUUCCUUAGCCAGAUCGCAGCAUUGCCACUAUGAUGUUCAUACCCCACAACGUGUGGCCUUAGAUCAACAUCGUAACUAUAACCUCACUGCACAGGGCCAAGAGGUGACGACAGUACGUGAGACGAGAGAGAAAGACAGAAAAAAUAUAGGAAUUAUAUUACCGUCCCACGAAUUCAGAUGCGAUGACGUCAGAUAUACGUAAAUAGCUGGCUUCCGUUGUAGUCGUUCGUUAGGAGAAAUGGAAUAUAUGACAGACUGUGCUUCAACGACAUGUAUGCAAGAUGGAUGAAAAACCAAUUAUUGAAUGCAUGCAUGCAUGAACAGUAAAGCUCUUCGAUCUUACUUGGAAGUUUUUUAAUAAUGCAUUUUGGGCAAUUUCUUCUGUGUUCACCGUUCACUCUGCCCCUCUUCUAAUGCCAUUGUUUCUCAUAGUUUCAUCGUGUGGAGCAAUAAAAAAGGAAGAGCUCCUCUGGAGUUUGACUUGUUCUUGUUGGUUUCUUUUUUUAUUAUAAGUUUUUCACAUAUGUGUACAGCUGACGGGUUUAUUAAGUUGUAUUUUUUGCACGAAGAACCGAUAUUCCCCAAGCACAAAUUCCAUUAUUCUCUCCCACUCCUUAUCCCCCAAAACAUAUCACAAUUGACACAUCCCU